ACGCUCGCGUAGGCCUUCUUCCGGUCUCGCGGGGCGUGCGCAGGAAGCGUUGGACUAGGCGGGUUGCGCGCGCAGGAAGCUAAAGCUGGGGGAGUUCAAGAUGGCUGCGGCCGUGUUCCCGGCUUUGCUGCGGCGCUGGAGGGUCGGCGUGCAGCCGGGCGGCGCAUUGCGGCGGCUGAGCCAGACCCAGGGGCCUCCCAAUUACCCCCGCUUCGUGGAGUCUGUGGAUGAAUACCAGUUUGUGGAACGCCUGAUACCCCCCACCAGCGUUCCGGAGCCCCCGAAGCAUGAACAUUAUCCUACUCCUAGCGGCUGGCAGCCCCCCAGAGAUCCUCCACCCAACCUGCCUUACUUUGUGCGGCGCUCUCGGAUGCACAACAUCCCUGUCUAUAAAGACAUCACACAUGGCAACCGUCAGAUGACUGUGAUCCGGAAGGUGGAGGGAGACAUUUGGGCCCUGCAGAAGGAUGUGGAAGACUUUCUGAGCCCACUGCUGGGGAAGACACCUAUCACCCAGGUCAAUGAGGUGACAGGUACCCUGCGGAUCAAGGGCUACUUUGACCAGCAGCUAAAAACCUGGCUCUUAGAGAAGGGCUUCUGAGGCCUAGCUGAGCAGCCUGCAUGACAGCAUCCCCCACAGACUGGAGUCCAGGGGACCUCAGGAGGGAGGCGGGUGUUGAAGCAACUAGGAUUGGGGUACAGACUAGGGCUGAGGGCUUGGGCAAGGUAGAGUGAGGGCUUUGGAGCAGACCUUGCUUCCAUAAAGGGGGAAACAGGACCAUCUGCACAGAUGCCAGCACUGAGGGAGGGCUGUCUUACAUUGGAGACCCACUAGAAACAGCUGAGCUAGUGGGGGGCAUUAGUUGCUGUCCCCCUGCCCCUGAUUUUGGUCUAUUCCUGCUUUUUCUUCAUUGGAGCUACUGGGGUCAGUUAUUCAAAUUCUGGAGGUUGUUGACUGCCCCUCUGGUGUUUCGGGGAGGAUAGCACAUGACAGAAUCAUUGGGACAGAACCUUCCUUGGUCCUUAGACUUCCUGCUGCAAACAUUCCCAAGCUCUUCCUCUAGCCCAGUGGUUCUCAACCUUCUGGCCCUUUAAAUACAGUUCCUCAUGUUGUGACCCAAACAUAAAAUUA